AUUGUAGUUAAUGUGUGUGUGUGUGUCUGUCGCUCCAGAGGUGGUCACUGGGAAUGCCGGGAGGGAGCAGAAAGAGGUGCCAGGGCGGGAGCGAGAGCGGCCCCUUAUAGAGCUAAGCUUUGGGAAGGAUUUGCAGCUCACAAAGUGGACCAUCCAGAGGGUCCAUAAUUCUCCUGCGAGAGGAGCAUCAGUGUUCUGGCCCGCCUGCACACAAACAAAGCCGACAUGUGCACGCCGGGCUCCCAAACUUCUCUUGCACGUCUCCGCUAGUACCACAUCAGAACCGCCUUGAAAGAUGACGUCCGCCACACCCCCUUCCUCCCGUAGCCCCUCCCCCCAGAAAGUGUGCCACUCCCAGACCCAGACGGACGUUUUGAAACCCCUGCUGGGCGGCGGCCUCUCUGGCGCGGGCGGGACGCUGAGGAAGAGGAGGCGGGUCAUGUCCAAAGAUGGGCGGAGCAACGUGCGCAUCGAGCACGUCAGCGGGCAGAGCUCGCUGUACAUGCGUGACCUGUGGACCACAUUCCUGGACAUGCAGUGGCGCUACAAGUUCUUCCUGUUCACCGCCACCUUUGCGGGGACAUGGUUCUUCUUUGGGGUGCUGUGGUACCUGCUGGCGCUGGCGCACGGCGAUCUGCUGGAGUUUGACCCUCCGUCCAACCACACGCCCUGUGUGCUGCAGAUGCAGACCCUGACGGGCGCCUUUCUCUUCUCGCUGGAGUCCCAGACCACCAUCGGUUACGGCUUCCGCUGCAUCACAGAGGAAUGCCCGGUGGCCAUCGUCCUCCUCAUCAUCCAGCUGGUCCUCACCAUGCUGAUGGAGAUCUUCAUAACUGGAACCUUCCUGGCUAAGGUUGCUCGGCCGAAAAAGCGAGGCGAGACCGUAAAGUUCAGCCAGCACGCUGUGGUGUCGACACAGGAGGGUCGACCCUGCCUGAUGAUCAGGGUGGCCAACAUGCGCAAAAGUCUUCUACUGGGCUGCCAGGUCACGGGUAAGCUGCUCCAGACGUCUCUGACCAAGGAGGGUGAAACGGUCCGUCUGGACCAGAGGAACGUUGCCUUCCAAGUGGACACGUCCAGCGACAGCCCCUUCCUCAUCCUGCCACUCACCUUCUCCCACAUCAUUGAUGACGGCAGUCCUCUGAAAGCUUGGGCGGCCAAGGGUGGCGGCUGGACGGACCCAGACUUGGCCGACUUUGAGUUGCUGGUGAUCUUGAGCGCCACCGUGGAGCCCACCUCAGCCACAUGCCAAGUCCGCACGUCCUACCUGCCCGACGAGAUCCUCUGGGGCUACGAGUUCCCCCCCGUAGUCUCCCUCUCCCAGUCGGGCAAAUACGUGGCGGACUUUGCUUUCUUCGACAAAGUGGCCAAGAGCAAAAGCGCACCGGUGUUUAAAUCUUCCAGCCACGCCUACCAGAGCAACGGGGGCGGGACUGUUCCCGAGGUGUCCGACAAAGAGAAGAUCCGUCUGGAGCAGAGCUACCGGGAGCGCGGGGAGGACCGCGAGCGGGUCAGGGACUCUAAGAUUAGCGUGCGCAUUAGCAACGUGUGAAAACGUGGCGUGGCACUUAAACAUCCAAUAGUACUUCAAAACAAAAUGGUGGGAGGCGGUACAUGAGAACGUACACAAUGACCUCGGCCAUGGUGAUAUAUAUUUUUAAAAAUAUUAAAAACACUACAUUUACUGUCUUUUGUCCACACGCUAACUGUGCCUUUGCCAGAAAUGACUUUCUUCAUGGCUUCUGAUUGGCCACCAUGGCCUUAAGGUUUGGAAACUUUAGCGCCCCCUCUUGCUUUGGCAUACACACGGCAGCUUGCUAAAUGUGUAUGAACACAAGAGUGUGGACCUGAACUGUAAUGUUAAAAAAAAGAAGUUAUUACACUAACAGAACAUAACACCACCUAACCUCAUAAAAUGUUUUCAUUUCAACGACAUGCCACACAAUCAUGUAUUUAUCAAGUAAAUGAAAGCAUACUACUAAAACAUAUACAGAUAAAUGGAUAACCUGCCGUGACACAUUUGUAUAUGGAAAUACUUAUGAUUAAUAUCACAUCACCCUUGUCACGAAACCCACAAACCACUUCCAUGUGACACUAACAGAAGUUUCCUGUCACAGUGGCGGAACCGUUAUGCAAAAUAUCAUAUAGAGUCGUGAUCAAAAGUUACACUUGUAAAGAACAUAAUGUCAUGGCUGUCUUGAGUUUCCAAUCAUUUUUACAACUCUUAUUUUUUUGUGAUAGAGUGAUUGGAGCACAUACUUGUUGGUCACAAAAGACAUUCUUGAAGUUUGGUUCUUUUAUGAAUUUAUUGUGGGUCUACUGAAAACGUGACAUCACGCGGGCAAAAGAUAAGACCUUCUGGAGGAAAGUUCGGUGGUCAGAUGAAACAAAAAUUGGGCUGUUUGGCCACAAUGCCCAGCAAUAUGUUUGGAGGAGAAAAGGUGAGGCCUUUAAUCCCAGGAACAGCAUGCCUACCGUCAAGCAUGGUGGUGGUAGUAUUAUGCUCUGGGCCUGUUUUGCUGCCAAUGGAGAGUAAAUGGGAGAAUGAAAAAGGAGGAUUACCUCCAAAUUCUCCAGGACAACCUAAAAUCAUCAUCCUGGAGGUUGGGUCUUGGGUGCAGUUGGGUGUUCCAACAGGACAAUGAAACCCAAACACACGUCGAAAGUAGUAAGGGAAUGGCUAAAUCAGGCUAGAAUGAAGGUUUUAGAAUGGCCUUCCCAAAGUCCUGACUUAAACGUGUGGACAAUGCUGAAGAAACAAGUCCAUGUCAGAAAACCAACACAUUUAGCUGAACUGCACCAAUUUUGUCAAGAGGAGUGGUCAAAAAUUCAACCAGAAGCUUGUGGAUGGCUACCAAAAAGCGCCUUAUUGCAGUGAAACUUGCCAAGGGACAUGUAAGCAAAUAUUAACAUUGCUGUAUGUAUACUUUUGACCCAGCAGAUUUGCUCACAUUUUCAGUAGACCCAUAAUAAAUUCAUAAAAGAACCAAACUUCAUGAAUGUUUUUUGUGACCAACAAGUAUGUGCUCCAAUCACUCUAUCACAAAAAAAUAAAAAUGAUUGUAAACUCAAGACAGCCAUGACAUUAUGUUCUUUACAAGUGUAUGUCAACUUUUGACCACGACUGUAUGUACACCAGACAAAACAAAUGCAUUUUUUCAUAACUGAUUGACAAAUAAAACCUAAAUUAUAAUACUGUAUAUCUAAUAAUUGAUAUUUUGCAAAUGCAGGGGUACCUUCAGAUAGUAGCCAUUGCAAAAGGUAAGACGACAACCGAAUAGUACAAAAAACACAAAUUUACGACACACACACACACACACACACACACACACACACACACACACACACACACACACACACACACACACACACACACACACACACACACACACACACACACACACACACACACACACACACACACACACACACACACACACACACACACACACACACACACAAUAACACAGAA